AUGGCAGCGGAGGGAUUCUGGUUAUUUGAAGGCCUUGAUGAUGAACCUUAUGGCUUGCUACCUCUAAUAAAUCUCUCGGGCAAAGGUGGACCAACAUCUACCAAGCACGUUGAACGAAUCGGUUCUUAUCAAUGGUAUUUAAAUGAUGAAACGCCAACUAUUGUUGUACCAGGUAUGCCACCUGAGUCGCUUUAUUGGCCGGGAGGUAGGCUUCAACAGGAUCACGGCGUAGUUAUCUAUGAUGUUAAUCAUUUAAAGGUUCCAAAUGGACCAUUAGAUUGUGCAAUAUUAGCUGCUCGACAUUUAACUGCAAAAUCAAAAAAACCAAUCAACUUUAAUGAUUAUGACUUUAUUACGGAUGCAGUAAAUCUGCAGAAAUUAUUUGCUUUUGCUCAAGAGGCUGGCGACGGAUUGUUUCGAAUUGAUGUCGAAAGAAUAGGAAAAACCGUGCUUCUCACUAGAAUGGAAGCAUCAGAUUUAAUGGAAAUCGGUCAUGUGACAUUUGAUCAAGCACUGAAAAGAAAAAUGACCAAAAGUCGUUCAAAAUAUACAACGGGGCCAUUUUAUCAACUGGUAUCAUAUCAGUUUGGAGAUUUCAAGAUUCUUGCACGAUAUGAAGUUGACUGUGGGGAUUUUGCCUCUAUUCAUUCCCAAAAGAUUAGAAUAAAUGAAAAGUCGGAAAAUGAAAGGUUUUGUUGGGAUGAGUUCAAUUUAACAGAAUUUAGUAUGGACGAAACGAAUGUUGAAAUGGAGAAGGAACCCGAGAAGCGAAAGUUUCCAGAAAACGAAUCAAUCGCUUAUAUUGAACACGGAGGAGUGCCUAAUAAUCUGCCUAAUCAAUUGCUGACAACAUAUCCACAAGGCGCUGGAUUUCCUUUUUUUACCUGGGCACAGCUAUUCUUUACAGUUGCUGAUCAGGUUGUAGUGGGAUGGUUCAAGGGCAAUGGAGAUUUUGGAAAACCAGCAAUGAAUACUUUAUCGGAUAUAUCAAAGUUGAUUAAACCACUACCUUACGUUGUUUUAUCAAAAAUUCACGACUGUCUCGGAAAAAUUGCAAAAUUCAUGAUCAAGAAUGAUCCGCAAUUUAAAUGUGGUCUUAUCUGGAAAGGCAAAAACCAUCUAGAAAUUUUUGCAAAAGAUUCGAGUUGUAACGGUGCUGUUUCACCAGGUGUCAAAGCUUUUCUUAAGACACAGUGCAUCGAACCAGAAUCAGAAAAUCAAGAUGGAGAAUUCCAGUAG